AUGGAUUACGACCAUCAGACUCUACACCGUGAAAUUAUGCACGACCUCUGCGCCAUUGAUCCAGUCACUGCCAACAAAGUCCUCGACAAGUGUACUGCGAAAGCUAUAUCUAGUGGAUGGUGCCGCGGAAUCGAGCUCUUGCUAGCGUGUGGGAUGUAUGUGGAAUCUCGCAAAUACCAAUACCGAUGGCCAGGCUCCAAGAUUGGUUGCGGGUUUCGCCAUCAAAGAGCUGCGGCAUAUGUCGACGAGACGGACACGCGGGCUUUCAAUUUCUACACCGGCAUCUCGUUGAUUGCUGCAACAAAGAGUUCAGAGCAAAUUUUAAGAAGCACAUUGGGGAACAAUGCUUCAGAAGUCGUGCAUUCCAACUGGUCAUGUCUGUCAUUUUUACCGCGCUCCAUUAGGGCCACGAGCUCGUGGGUCGAAACCACGAUACUCUGGUAG